UCGACAAAUACCACCAACCCAAGCAACGCCCCUGUGCGGUGCCGUCCUCCUUCCUCCCUCCCAAGACCCAGGCUUCCAGUUCCAGCCCCACCUCGCCUCUCCCCUCCCCAAACCCUACACCUCGGCCCCCGGCCUUCGGCCUUCGCCGUCCCCGGCUCACCGCCGCCCAAACCCCAUACCGCAGCGCCAGCGCCAGCGCCAAACCGUACCCUGCCGUGCGGUCGGCCGCGCGCGCGGACGGCCACUCCCACGGCGCCGCCGCCCGCCGCCGCCGCCUUUGAUGUCUCCCACCUGCGACCUCGGCUUCCUCUGGCCCCGGUCGCAGAAGAGCUCCUCCCAAGAGGUCAUCCCAGGAGCGGCCGCUUCCUGCGCCCAGCGAUUGGCCUCCCCACCGCAGCCGAGAUGAGCGGCGGCGGCGGUGAGAAGAUGUUGCUGUUUGGGUCCUUUACAGAGGACGAGACUAAGUUGUUCCAGGGUCAGCCUCUCAAAAGCCCAACUAAAAGCACCAGCAAAGAAUGUGAGCGGAUGGAGAUCCAGUUUGGCACCCUGAACUUUUCAGUGCUGAAUUUAGAGAAGAUAUCUAUUUCAAGUGUUGUUCUUCCAGCAAAAUCAGCAAAUGGCGAUACCAGUGCCAUCACAAAGGAGAAUCCAUGCGGUAAUGAAAAGAAAGCUGCAGGAUCAAGCCUUCCAAAUGGUGGACCAGUUGUGACUAAUGGAUGCCCCCCUGUUAAUGUUCCUGCUGACAAUGGUGUAUUUGAGAAUGUGGCGAAGACAGAGACUGUUGUCCCAUCAGUUGUGCCUGUCAAAAGCAUCAGCAAUCCAACACCACAAAUGACGUUGGAGGUGCACAAGGAUGUCAUCGAACCCACUCAAAGCAGAAAGUUAGACAAGGAAAGGGAAAUUAUUGAAAAUGGUAGCCCAGUUGUCGAGACACCCAUUGUUGCAGCUCCAGUGGAAGAGGCAGUCACAAGCCUAAAUAAGAAACCCUCUCAGAACAUGCCCUUGCUUCCACAUGGUUUGAGGAACACAGGAAAUAUCUGCUUUCUGAAUGCAACUUUGCAGGCAUUGCUUUCAUGCUCGCCUUUUGUCCACCUAUUGCAGGAUUUGAGGAACCGUAGUAUACCUAAGGUUGGCUACCCAACUCUGAAUGCAUUUGUUGAGUUGAUCUCUCAGUUUGAUGUGGCGGAUGAGUCAGUUAUCAAGAAAAAUGAGAAGGCUAUUACUGUUGCUGCAAAACCACUUAAUCCUGCCAUGUUUGAUGCUGUUCUCAGAAACUUUACACCAGAUGUGCCGGCUGGAGUAACUGCUCGACCAAGGCAGGAAGAUGCUCAAGAGUUUUUAAGUUUUGCCAUGGAUAGAAUGCAUGAUGAACUGCUGAAGCUUAAUGGCAAUGGAUCAGAUUCAAAGGAGGGUAUGGUUGUUUCUUCUGUGGAUGAUGAUGCUUGGGAGACAGUUGGACGAAAGAACAAAUCUGCAAUAGUUAGAACUCAGAGUUUCGUUCCCUCUGAGCUAAGCGCUAUUUUUGGAGGGCAGCUACAGAGUGUUGUGAAAGCUACAGGCAACAAAGCAUCAGCUACUGUUCAGCCCUUCCUACUGCUCCAUCUUGAUAUAUUCCCAGAUGCUGUUCAGACACUUAAUGAUGCACUUCAUCUGUUCUCUACUCCCGAAUCUUUGGAAGGAUACAGAACAGCUGCUGGAAAGGCUGGUUUGGUGACAGCUAGAAAAUCAUUCAAGAUACACGCGCUUUCAAAGAUAAUGAUAAUGCACUUGAAGAGGUUCAGUUAUGGAAAUCAUGGGAGCACUAAAGUCUAUAAGCCACUCCACUUCCCAAAAGAACUGGUUCUUAGUCGUGAGCUGCUGAGCUCACCAUCUACAGAGGGUAGAAAAUAUGAGCUUGUUGCAACCAUCACUCAUCAUGGGAGGGACCCUUACAGGGGGCACUACACUGCUCACGCAAAGCAUGCCAACGGGCAAUGGCUUCGCUUCGAUGAUGAUGCUGUUGUGCCUGUUGCCGAGAACGAUGUCUUGCAUGACCAAGCAUAUGUCCUCUUCUACAAACAAGUCUGAAAGCACUACGUAGUUGAUUAGUCACUCUUUCGUAUUGCUGCUGCUUAAACAGCCAGAUAUACCAUCUAACUAUCGUCCUGUUAAUGUAGCCGCCGAGUAACAGCAGAGUAUUUAUGUGAAGUACCUUGGUGCUGCCUGUGUUUAUUAUUAUAUAUGCUUGGUCAUAUAGCGAGAGGGGGAUUUGUCUUCAGCCCAUUUUGAGGUUUUGUAAAAUUCAACUGCUCAUCAUUGUAAUGACCAGCGAAGUAAUCAUGGGAUGUUAAUCAUGGUCACCCCUGUUGCUGACAGCUGCUGAAUUUGUGGUGUGAUUGGUUGCAUGUGGCAUGCCAUGGUUCUGAAUUGGUAGUUGACAAGACAUUGCCAUCACAGCGUGCCAUGUGCCCUGUCUUUGGGAGUGUCAAGAGGUGCAAGACAAUGUCAGCUGGUGUAUGUGCCUUGCAAGCAUGAUUAACAUGUUCGGAAAGCUUCAAAUAAUUUCA